AUGGCAGAUUCACGACUUACAAUGUCUUUGAAGAAUCUUUUAUCCAAGGUUCCAGCCCUCCUUCCUUUAACUGAAGAAGUAUGGCCUAAAUCGGCGCCAAAAGAAGACGCCCCAGCUCAUCAUUUGGAGGCAAGCUACAGAAAUUCACCCCUGUACUCGGCUACCUCUCGGCCAACACUGGACGAGUUUUUACGGACAAAUUACUUAAUGAUUCCUGAAUUUGUGAAACAAGUGAAUGAGGCAAAGAAAGCAUCCGGGAUCGAAGAAAGUGAAAAAGAUGUGCAAAGUACUGCAUGUUGUCAACAAAGUUUGAAAGAAACAGCACCCUCUGUUCAUUUCCUUGCUGAGCAGAAUGCAGGAAAAGAUGUCGAAAAUAAACAAGGAGCAGUGAAACUAACAGAAGAAAUAGAAAUAAGUAGAACAAUAACGGGUGGUAAGAAAGUCACUUUAAAUUCACAAAAGCAGAUCGCCUCUGAAAAUAUAGAGGUUCCACCUCCUCAAAAACCAAAACCAAGAGUCAAAAAGGUUAUGAAAGGGGGAUGCUUGGUAAUCAUCCCUGCUCCCCAACCCAGGAAUAGAUCAGUACACAAUACACCAACAUCUGCAGAAAAUAUUAUUAAAAGUGAUAAAGCUACUGUUACUUCAGCAGACCCCAAGCAACUGGAGAGUCAUCCCAAAGAAGCAUUAAAAGAGAAGAAUUUUGAGAAUACCAGUGGAAGUCAGGCUAGACUGAAAGAUGUUGAUCAAAAAUCCAGUAGCGUGCACCCUAAGGAAGGCAAGCAACAUUUACAAUCCGACAUUUUGUCAGGGGAACAUAAGCAAAAACCAGUGACAUUAGCCAGAUUUUGUAAUACUGAUAUUAUGGAAGAAAGUUCACAAGAUCCAGUUGGAAGUCCAUCAAAAAAAAGAGCUUCAGUGUGUAAAGAAGGGGAUAAAUCUUUGCAUAGCAGGGACAUUCAGGAUGAAGAACCUGUGAUUGAAAUUUCAAAUGGGCACUGUGUCACCAGCCAAAAAGAGGAGGUCAAUAAAAACUCGGGAGAGAUUUUGCUUAAAUUAAAAAAUCUUCCUGCAAGGAGGGGAGACCUUCCACAAGAGCCAAAAAAGAGUAACGUUAUCUCCAGUAAGGCUGUCACUGAAAAGACUGACAGGAAUUAUGAGAAAAAUGCAGCACUUUUGGCUGCAGAUCCUGAGGAAAUAAGUAUCGAGAAUAAGCUUAUAGACAAUCUACAGGAUGAAGCGGUGGUGAAACCUGCAAACAAAGAAAGAGACCAUGUUGAGGAAAGAGAGUAUGAUAGUGUUGAAGGUCUUAGGAUGAAUCAAGAAAAAAUUGACAUUAAUGACAAGCAUUCUACCUCUGAAGAUGGAGUCCUCUAUGGAAAUAAUCACUUUUGUGAUGAUUUAACCAGUGUUUAUGUGGAAGGCCAUGAUGUUACCACAGCCAAUGAUGGCAAUAACAGUGGAACUGCUAAUGGUAGUUCUAUGUGCAACUAUGAUAAAAGUGAUGAUGGUGACCGUGGUGAUGAUGAUGGUGACCGUGAUGAUGAUGAUGAUGACAAUGAUGAUAGUGGUAAUAUACAUGAUGACGAAGGUAGUACUAAAUAUACUGAGAAGGAUAAGGAUCAUAACGAGACAAGUGAUGAUGAGGAUCAUGAUGAUCACAAUGGACAGGGAGGAGAGGAAAGUGUCAGCACAAAUGGUAAGAUUUCUGUCAAGGUAAGCGAAGAUGAGUAUGCUGAGCUGGUAAUGGAUGACACAAACUCUGACCGAGAAGAUGAGCAGGAUGAUUUUAAUCCUAGGGACAGCGAUGAUGACUCUGAUGAGGAGGAGGGUGAAAUCAAAAGUGACUAUGAACUGGAAGACAUGCAUCUGAAUUCUGAUACUGAAGACUGUACUGGAGGAAUAAUAUUUUAUCAAGAUACCACACAAAGAAAAAGUAAAAACCAUUUCAGGAACAUGCAAAGAAAAAAGCGAAAGGCAAAAAAUCAGAGAAAGAAAGCUUCUCGGAAAAAAGCCAAAGCUGAAAAGAAGGUAUGUAGAUGUAAAUGUAUUUAUAAGUAAUGAAGCUUACUGUCAAACUCAGAAAACCAUGGACACCUGAAAAAUUUCAGGAAUGUUGAUUGUGUACUGGCCAAUCACAAUAAAGUUCAGGAUAGGCAAGCAAACCUCAAAACCACAAACUAAUUACUGUUGCUGUUUGUGGCUUAGUUAUCUCGCGCCUUAUUUGCUUAUUUCUCGCAACAUGAUAACAUUUCAUAAGUAUUUCCGGUGUUCACGGUUUUGUGAGUUUCACAGUGAAAGGGACAUCUGAGUUUGACUUGAAAAUUGGUUUUUGUUUUCUUGAAGAUUGGAGUUUUUUGUUUGAAAAUCAGAUGUGGAAAUCGGAAUUUGAAAAUCAGAGUUUGUUUUCAAAAAUCAGAGUUUGAUAGUUGGAGUUUGAUUUCAAGAAUUACAGUUUGAAAAUCGGAGGUAGAGUUUGUUUGGAAAAAUCAGAGUUUGGAAAUCAGAGUUUCCCUUUUAACCAACGUUUAAAAACGUUCGUCAGAGGCUGUGCGCUUUCUUCAGCCACGUUGGGUCUACCUUAAGGUGACGAGUUUGGAGGAUUUGUCUGUAAUUAUUCUUAGCUUUUCUCGUCCACUUUUAAUGUCUGCAUGGACAAGACUAAAUCAGUUCUUCCUACUGUAGGAGAAUGAUAAUGGAUUUAGAUCAAGUACUUCAUUGUAGAGGAAUCAAUUAAAGCAUUGUGUUUACAAUAGCUUUAACCUCAAACCUCAUCGCCUUUUUGUAGACCCAAUGUGACUGAAGAAAUUGCACAGCCUGUUACAAAAGUUUAAGUGAAACUCCUGUUUUUUAAAGCAGACUCUGGGUUCGGAAAACAAUCUCCGAUUUUUUUAAACCAACCCUGAUUUUUGAAAGCAAACUGUGAUUUUCAAAAACAAAUUCCAAUUUUCAAACUCCAAACUUCAAAAGGAAAUCUCCUGUUUUCAAACUGAUAAUGAUCAUAAUAAUAAUAAUAAUAAUAAUAAGUUAAAAUUUAUAGCGGGCAAAUAUCUAUAUGAAUAUAACCAAACUCCGAUUUUGUAAAACAAACACAUAUUUUUUAAAACAGACUCCCAUUUUUUAAAACAAAUUCCAGUUUUUGAUGACAAACUCUGAUUUUCAAGUCUGCAACUCAGAUGUCCCUUUAAGGUGGCUCCCUGGAGUAAAUUGACUGUGCGUAGCCUGAGCACUAUUAUGACACAAGCUUUAAAAUCCGUGCGACAUCCAGACAAAAAUAAAACAAACAUGGCCUCUCAGUUUUGAAAAAUUCCUCCAAAAACCUUUAUUAACUUUCUGUUGAAGCUCAUUGUGCAAAAAGUUUGGUUAGUGUAGGUCAAACAUUAUUUUAUGAGAGGAGACAAUGUUACACCGGUUACAAGUCUUUAUCAAUCUCCAUAAGAGUAAAUGUAGCAGAAAUUUUCCAAAGACAUCAAUUCUUUCACUUCAAAAGUAGACAAAUGUAAAAUAGUCAAAGUAAAUGGUGAAUGGAGACUUUACUAAGAAAACAAAGAAGUAAGUCCACUAACCCUGAAGGAAGCAAUGUUACUGUUUCUAGCCUUUAGUUCCCGGUCAGUGGAAAGAUUGAAACACGUCCCGAACAAACAGUGAGUGACCACCAGGGCUCGAAUUUUAGCUACGAUAGUCAAGUACCUUGAAGAAAAGAUCCACAAUUUAUAGCUUGCAAAUAUCUAUAUGAAUAUAAUCAAACACAAAAUACCAAAGAUGCAUUUCAAAUUUUCCUUCAACCCGAUUUGCAAAUGAGCAAUGACAUUUUUAACAGGCCUAGCAUGACACAUACUCAGAUCUUGUUACAGAGAAGAGCCCAAAACAAGGAUUUCAGCACUGUUUCACAGAUGAACUCAACCAGAAGUUUAGUUCUGUCUGUAGCACAGGCUAAGUACAUGACUGUAUAUUUUUUUACUUUUGGCAAUGUAAAUGUCUAAGGUUGAUUUUUUCAAGAUUGUCAGUUGUAGAGGUGUAAAUCAGUGAAUAUUAGAAUACAGUUAUAUGGUGAUUUUGCCUUAAGGUGCAAUUGUUCAACUUUUAAGAGCGCUUAAAAGACUUGCAGUGAUAGCUGCUGGAAGUGAAAUUGAUUAUUGCUCAUCUUUCUAUAUACGUAGGCUGUCAAUGAAAGAAUUACCCGAAGUAAAAGCUCUGAUCCAAAUAGCAAGAUAGCAAAUGACAAAGGCAGACACAUACAGGCAGCCGCACCUCACUCAUCUGCAAUCAGAGACAGACCAAAAAAUCCAGCUUCAUUGAAUGAAUGGGAGACUUCAGAGAUGUUGCUAAAACAACAGUCAGUGCAUACAACACCUCAAACCAAACCAACAGGUCAGAACACGUCACAGGAAGGGUCACUAAACAAACCACCGGGACAGAGUCAAUCAGAUGACGGAUCACUGUUGUCAUUAGUGUCAUCUUAUGCUGUGGAUUGUACUGUGGCAGCUAGUGAAAAGGUACAUUGUGUGUUGUUGUCAGAACCAGCUGUGUACCAGGAUUUGUGUACGUGCCAUGAUUGGCCUCUUAAAAAGCCAUUUUCGAUUUGCCAAUGAGGUUGAAAAGAAAUUUUGACACCCCUUUCUGGUUAUUUUCUGAGACCAUUGGGGCUAGAACAAGGUUACCUUACUAUCUGGGAAUUACACUAUGUUUGGGCCGCAGGCUCUGUAGCUACAAAAAAUCUUGGAGACAGUUUUUGAAUGAUAUCAAUGAUGCUUAUGAUCAUCAAUGCACCCUUUUUCUGCUAAAUUAUGUCUGCACUAUACCAGUAUUUUCUUGAAUGAUAAACGGGGGCAAUAAUUUGAGGGAAGAUGAUGAUUUGAGGGAGGCGAUUAUUUUAAAUAUUUCUCACUUGAAGUCAAAUAAACUGAACAUUGGGCUUUUUAACUGUUCCAAAUUUAGUUCCUUGAUAAAUUUUCAGAGCUUUUUUCAUCAUUGAUCGUUUUUGCUGGAUCUCAAUGCUUUUCGACCUGACAGGGAGGGAAUUAAAGGAAGAGAAGAUGGUGAGAGGGGCGGGGGGCUAUUAUUCAAGGAAACACAGUAGCUCUUAGACCAGCUCAAAAACCAUACAAAAAACCAUAUGACUCGUUCCAGUUCUGGCGCAUCUCUGUACAGUGUAGACAGAGCCGUAGUUAAUCAGUAUUAAAGUGAUGCGCUAAAAAAAAUUAAGCUAAGCUUUGUUAAUUUGUGAACUUGUCUGUAAAAUCCAUUUGUUUCGGAGACUUCAUCUUUAAGAUCACUAAAAUAAUUGUUCUUUAUUUCCUUAAACAUCCACAUACUGUACUUUCCAUUGUUUGCAGUUGGCGCUUAAGAGAAGCCGAGGUGGCCAGCACGCAAAGAAGUUAAAGAAAGCGAAACGAAAAGCUGCUGCUUGGGAGAGAAUACGAAAAGGAGAGCCUCAUCCUAGGCCAAGAACUGCUCCUAAACCUAUUUGUGGCUACUACAUCCAUGGAAAAUGUAAAAUGGUGGAUAUUUUUCUGUUUGUUUCUUUGUUUGUUUUGUUUUUUGUUUUUGUUGCUUUUGUUGUUGUUCUGUCUUCGCAAUGUCAAGUUAAAGUGCCCACCCAGGCAGGGUUUUAUCAGUUAAAUGUUUAAUUUAUCUCGUUUCAAGGAUGUUACACUAAAACAGGGAGUAGGGAACAAACUCAGGGAACAGGAAAUGAAAAAUGCGAAAAAACCUAGAACCGGAAAUGUAGUUACUGAUAGGUCUUAGUUUCUAGUUUAGUUUUGCUCCCAUUUUUCAUUUUCCCGUUCCCCAUUUCCCGUUCCCCGUUAUCCAUUUCUUGUUUGCCCUACCCUUUUUCCCGACGGUGAACAAUACCAGACGUGACGAUGUUUUUUUCCCCCGCAAAGCGCUGGAUAGACAAAUUUACUUAGCCUGUUCUACAGAUGUAUGCGUUCAGAUUGUGGGGUCGGCGCGAAGAGGUGUAAGCAGGUUUGUGCCACACUCCACUCACCUGAAUGUUUGGAACAGGCUGAGCGAUACAAGAAGAAAAUAACACGUUUAACUCAGGUUGUUGUUGUUGUUAUUAUUUUUAAUUAGUUUAUGAAAUUUAUUUCUUCUACUUAUUUUUCAGGGCAGCCAAUGUUCCUUCCGCCAUGACAAAUCAGCAAUCGUGAGGAAAAGAGAACUGUGUAAAUACUAUGCUUCCAGCAGUUGUCAUUUAGAAGAUGAAUGCCCUUAUAUGCACAAUAUCCUUUUCUGUUCAAAUUGCAUAGUGUAGAAACAGGUUAACUUGAUUUCCGGUCACAAAUGAGGCAUGAAGACUUUAUAAAGGAGAAAAUUGGCCCUGUUUUGUUUUUGUUUGUUUGUUUUUUUUCUCGUUUGUCUCCUUUUGCGUGAAAGUGUCACUCAAUUUUCCCCGAUAUCAACUUUUCUUCUGUAGCACUUCAAUGAACAGUAAACGAUUCAUUCCCUAAUAACCCCUUUACAUUCAGUUUUCUGCACUUGUCGAGGCUAAAAUCAACUUACUGCAAAGAUAAUCCAGAUGCUUGCCUAUACUCUCCUACCCAGAUCUCUUGUUGACGAAGGUUUUGGCUUCGUCAGUAAGAGACCUGGGUACUAGAUUAGCUUGCACCAAAAAUUCAGGAAAUAAAUUCAAAUGAAGUAGUAGACAGAAUAAAAAAAUAUCGUUUGAGUGUGGGAAAGUUAGCUAACAUGCAACAGCGUUAAAUCGCUUAUUUUUGAUUCGCGGACUAGUAACUGCAGAAUACCCAGCCAUUGCGAAGGUAUACCCCCGUAACAGUGGCUUCGUGGCUACGUGCCUACUCGGGUACGCAGCUACGUAGCUAUGGGUCUGCGUGACUAGGCGGAUCCAUGACUUAAAGAAUGAGUUAUACUAUAUACGAGGUAUAUAUGUGGUUGUUUCCGCUCAUGGUUUAAGGAACGAGGGAUAUUACAUGUGUAGUACGUUUGCUUCGGAUCAAUGCUUAAAGAAUGAGUCAGAUAAACUACAAGUAUUUCUCGUAGUGGGAUUGAAGAACUUGGAGCGUAACACCUUUUGAAUAAAUUUGUUUCGCAUUUCGAACCCUAACCCUAAUGCUAACCCUAACCGUAGGAGACUACGCAGCCACGUAGCCACGUAUCCAUGUAACUACAUAACUGUUAUAGGGGUAUAGCUUCUAAGGGGCCGGGUAUUCUGCAGUUACGCCUGAUUCGCUUUGAAUGACCACAAUUUUCUAACUUUGCGGUUAGAAACCAAAUUUCUAGUGCAAGAUAAUUCUCCCAGAAUGAUUCUUUAACGUAACGUAAACUCGUUUCCAUGCAAGUUUUUUCACACCGGAACAAACUGCUGGGGUGGUGAACGAUGUAAAUUCUCCCAUGAUGCGUUAACGGGGGAAACGAGACGACUCUUGCAAGAGGUAAGCUGUCUUUUUUUUCAGCGCACUUGCCGGUGUUUGGAUAUGUAUGACAAUAAUGGUGACGAGUGAAAUUAGGGAAUAAUUUCACUUGCGUUUUGUCCAAACUCAAAGGCGAGGGAAAUUAUUGGGAUUUGGACAAAACGCAAGUGAAAUUAUUCCCUUAUUUUACGAGUAAACUCUUUGAUUACCACUCAUUAAUAUCAUGGAUGACAGAUUACGCUCACAAUCGUAGGUGUUUUGACAUGUUUCAUAUCAAACUGGUUAUCGAUCGAGAAUUCCACUGCUAGCACUGUAAACUUUAGAGCUUAAAUUUUGGCGUUAUUCAUAAUUUUCAUAAUUAUUUUUGGAGUGUUUAGGUUUUCUAAAGCGUAUUUUAAUGCCCUGACAUCUUCAUCAUUCAUAAUAUUUUAAAACUUUGCUGCCAUGUUGGCACUGACACGUACGGAACGUUGCCAUGGCAAUUUUGCAAUUUUACUUGUGAAGUGAUAAAUUAACGCUGAAAUUUGGCGCCAAAAUUAAGGAGUAAUUGUCACCCACGAUAUUAUGAAUGAAACACUCCCCUUGUUAUUGAUAUAGUGAUUAAUUACCACACCCUGCUAGCAGAACUUUUCUUUUUCUUCUUCGACUUUGACGUACUCGAGAAAGACUGUAUGAAUCGAGUUGAGUAAGAUCUUUGUUGAACAUGCGCGACACGUUGCUAGGAUAUAGUUUAGAGUCCAGGCCUAAUAGUCGUGCGUUUGGUACAGUGAGUUCAGUUCUGACCAUCGGUUGAUCAAUAAACGGAUACUUGCACUCGAAAACCAGUUUGACGAGAGAGAGCAGGAUUGACUAGUCCAGAAGGUCGGGUUGCGCCGACUUCAGAGAAUCGAAGCGAUUCAGUCGGAGCCUCUUUUUCUCCGCCUCACUCAAGAAGACAAAACUGAAGAGGCUCUGCUCGCAGAAUUUGCUUACCGCUGCUUUUUAUUGUUUCACUUUAGAUUCUCAAACCACCUGUUGUGCACCCGGUUCAGGAAACCUCUCCUGUUGGCUGUGAAAGCUCUGUGAAAACUCAAUCAGUUUCUGGUACGAGCCAUUACGACGAGAACAUGCCGACGUUGGACUCGUCUGGCUACAAUCUUAGAUCAAGUACGCUGAAAAGAAGGCUGAGUACGGACGGAUCUGAUCAGGUGACUGGAGAAAAGACCUCAAGGCGGGAAAAUGCAUGCGAAAAAUCGAGCAGUACAGGGCAGGGUUCCUUGUUUUUGCCAGGGUUGUAUAAGGAUAUGUCCUCAUAACUCUGGUCUGCGCUGAAGUGUCGAUGUGUUUUUCACGGAAGAACUCAUGCACUAAUUGAAGACACUGGUUUACGACUUUUACUGACAAAUACCAAAAAGGCCAGUUUCUAAUUAUUAAAAUGUACACUUUGCUCCGAUAUUGAAGGGAAUAAGGCUGUGUUCACGCAAUACCGGAUAGCGGGGCACGAAAAGAUAUCCGAUGUAGUGUGAACACCUGUCCGAUUAUAUGACUCUCCACUUUAGAGAUCGACGCGACGCGCGCGGCUUCGCUCCGUUAUAGAAAUCGCGCCGAGAUCACCCGUUCUUAUGUACAUGAACAGAAGCCCUAUCUGGUAUGAUAUUGGUGCCAGAGCAAAAGCUAUCCGAUGUAGUGUGAACACCUAUCCGAUUAUGUGACUCUCCACUUGAGAGAUCCCCGCG